CGUCAACAAAACGUCAUUUGAAAGUUUUCGCGUGUGGUGUGUGGUUGUAGGUUUUAAUAAAAAAUACAUUUAAAAUCUAAUGUAUUAAAUUAAUUACAGCCGAAAACUUAUCCUAACUAAUAAAUUAGAGUAGCUUACUGUAUUAAAAAUAUUUUUAAGACAAAAUUCGUUUAUUUCACUGUCAAUUGUGUUGGAUACGUACUUCGUCGAUUGUAAACAAUCCAACAAGUGAUUUUAAUUUCGUCUAUCAACAUGACUGAGAACAAGAAUGUUCUUGUGAUCGGGAGCGGAGGUCGGGAGCACGCCCUGUGCUGGAAGCUGGCCGAUUCACCUCUAGUAAAGCGCAUCUACUGUGCGCCGGGUAGCGUAGGCAUUUCCACCACAAACAAAGUUGAAUGCGUGGAUAUUGACAUCAAAGAUUACCAGGGUCUAGCGAAAUGGUGCAAAAACAACAACAUCGAUUUAGUGGUGGUGGGACCUGAGGACCCCCUCGCCAACGGCAUAGUGGAUGGAUUAUCUGCUGAAGGGAUCGCUUGCUUUGGUCCCACGAAAGCUGGUGCCGAGAUUGAAGCCAACAAAGACUUUGCUAAGAAGUUUAUGAGCAAGUACCAGAUCCCCACCGCGCGCUACCAGUCCUUCACCGAUGCUGCCGCUGCCAAGAACUUCAUCAACACAGCCCCGUUCCCAGCGCUUGUUGUGAAGGCCUCAGGCCUCGCUGCAGGCAAGGGUGUGGUGGUGGCCACCAGCAAGGAGGAAGCCUGCCAGGCCGUGGACGAGAUCCUCACCAACUCCAAGUAUGGGGCGGCUGGGGAGACGGUUGUGGUUGAAGAAGUGCUGGAGGGAGAGGAAGUUUCCGUGUUGGCCUUCACGGACGGCGACACGGUCUCGGUGAUGCCGCCGGCGCAGGACCACAAGCGCAUCGGCGAGGGCGACACGGGCCCCAACACCGGCGGUAUGGGAGCCUACUGCCCCUGCCCGCACAUCACCAUCGAACAGCUGGAAGACGCGAAGCAACAGAUCAUACAGAGGGCUGUCGAUGGCUUGAAGAAGGAGGGCAUCAAAUAUGUCGGAGUGCUAUACGCCGGCCUCAUGGUGACGAAGGGAGGUCCGGUGACCCUCGAGUUCAACUGCCGCUUCGGGGACCCCGAGACGCAGGUGCUGAUGACGCUGCUCGAGUCAGACUUGUACACUGUUAUGAAGGCCUGCGUAGACGGCACUCUGAACCAGCAGAAGGUCUCCUGGAACACCAAGCUGUCUUCAGUGGGAGUCGUCAUCGCCUCUAAGGGCUACCCGGAGACCUCCACCAAGGGUUGCGUUAUCAGCGGUCUGUCUCAGGUGCAAGCGACCCCUGGUCUGGUGGUGUUCCACAGCGGGGUGGCUCGCGGCGCCAAUGGCACCCUCGUCACUUGGGGAGGAAGGGUUCUGCUGGUAUGCGCCCGCGCACCCAAUCUACGGCAGGCGGCGGCGGCGGCGACGGCGGCGGCGUCGGUCAUUGACUUCCCGGGGGCCCAGUACCGCAAGGACAUCGCGCAUAGGGCCUUCUCCAAGCUCAAAAACGGCCUGUCCUACCUAGACAGUGGGGUGGAUAUCGACGCGGCCGCGACCCUCGUGCAGAAGAUCGAACCUCUCGCCACGGGCACCCACAGACGAGGGGUGCUGGGCAGGCUCGGCUGCUUCAGUGGACUGUUUCAACUGUCCGCUAUGGACCCCAGUCUGAAGGACCCGAUUCUGGUGCAGGGGACCGAUGGGGUUGGGACUAAGCUCAAGAUAGCCGAGCACAUGAAGAAGUUCGACACGAUAGGCCAGGACCUGGUGGCCAUGUGCGUGAACGACAUUAUAUGCGCGGGCGCAGAGCCGUUCGCGUUUCUGGACUACAUGGCGUGCGGGCACCUGGAGGUGGAUGUCGCCACUGUCAUCGUGAAAGGAAUAGCUGAUGCGUGUAGAGCUACGGGAUGCGCUUUGUUGGGCGGCGAAACCGCCGAAAUGCCGUCCAUGUACGAGGCCGGCAAAUACGACCUGGCCGGCUUCGCGGUCGGAGUAGUGGACAACCACAUGCAGCUGCCGCGCUCGCUGGACAUCCGCGCCGGCCACGCCGUGCUGGCGCUGCCGUCCACCGGCGUGCACAGCAACGGGUACAGCCUGAUACACAAGAUCAUGCUGGAGACUGGAUUGAGCUACCACGAAACCGCCCCAUUCUCGGACUCCAACAAGUCGUUCGGCGAAGAGUUUCUGACCCCCACUGGGCUGUACGUGGAGCCUCUCCUAGCGGCCAUCAAGGCUGGCCUCAUCACUGGUCUCGCCCACAUCACUGGCGGUGGUCUUCUGGAGAAUAUUCCGAGGAUUCUGCCGCCUGGCGUGAGGGUUAAACUGGAUGCGAGCAAGUUCAGGAUCAAGCCUAUGUUCGGAUGGCUUAUGGCUAAAGGUGGCGUCUCCGACUUCGAGAUGCUCCGCACAUUCAACUGCGGCGUCGGUAUGAUCGUGAUCGUGGACCCGGCCAACGUGAAGCAGGUGUUAGAGACCGUCACCGGGCCCAUCGACGUGGUGGGCGUUGUCGAGGCGCUGGGCAAGGAAGGUGGUCACCAAGUGGUCGUAGACAACUUCGCCUCGGCCAUGGAGCCCCUCACAGCCCCGUACAAAAGCGCUGUGGCGGCACCGCAGAAGUCCCUGUCUUACAAGGACAGUGGUGUGGAUAUUGAUGCUGGAGACUCGCUUGUCGCACUCAUUAAGCCGUUGGCCAGAUCGACCUCCAGAGCUGGAGUGUUGGGAGGUCUCGGCGGGUUCGGAGGAUGUUUCCAACUGAAGGCCAUCGAACAGGAAUACAAAGACCCCGUCCUAGUCUUCGCUUCAGACGGUGUCGGCACCAAGCUCAAGAUCGCCCAGAAGAUCGACCAACACGGCACGAUCGGUAUCGACCUGGUGGCCAUGUGCGUGAACGACGUGCUCUGCUCAGGCGCAGCCCCGCUCACGUUCUUGGAUUACUUCGCGUGCUCGUCGCUAGAUGUCGCUGUCGCGCGUAGUGUAGUGUCGGGAAUUGCUGAGGGCUGUCGCCAGGCUUCUGCCGCGCUUGUUGGUGGUGAAACAGCGGAGAUGCCGGGCAUGUAUGAGACAGGCGUGUACGACAUCGCCGGGUUCUCGCUGGGCGUGGUCGAGCGAGCCAACAUCCUGCCCAAGAUCAACGACAUCGCUGUGGGCGACAUAAUCAUCGGUCUGCCCUCCAACGGGGUGCACAGCAACGGCUUCAGUCUGAUCCACAAGCUGGUCAAGAAGGCGGGUCUGACCCUGCAAGACAAGGCGCCGUUCAGCAAGGAGGGACUUACCCUGGGCGAAGAGCUAAUCAAGCCAACCCGCAUAUACGUGCGCAGUGUCCUACCGGCCCUGCAGCGCGGCAAAGUAAAGGCAGUGGCUCACAUCACGGGCGGCGGCUUACUGCACAACAUACCGCGCGUCAUACCCGAGGGAGUGAGGGCCCGCCUCAACGCGCACUGCUGGAAUGUGCACCCGGUAUUCGCGUGGAUCGCGGACGCCGCUUCGGUCAGCGACGAAGAGAUGCUGAGGACUUUCAACUGCGGUAUCGGCAUGGUGCUUAUUGUGUCGCCUGAAAACCAAGCCGAGGUGAUGAACAUAACCCGUGCGUUCGGCGCGAUGGUGAUCGGUUCAAUGCAGGCGCGGCCCGCGGGCACGCCGCGCGUCGUCGUCGACAACUUCCCCUCCGCGCUGGACUUCACCCGCCGCAUGCCGCUGCUGCCGCACAAGAAGGUGGGAGUGCUAGUGUCAGGCACGGGCAGCAACCUGCAGGCUCUGAUCGACAACUGCGCGGACCCCACCGCCUGCAUGUGUGCUGACAUCAGCCUGGUCAUCAGCAACAAGCCCCAGGUGUUGGCGCUGCAACGGGCGAAGGAUGCUGGGAUUCCGGCUGUGUACCUGAACCCCAAGGACUACGCGACCCGCGAAGAGUUCGACGCGGCGGUGUCGGCUCAACUCGAGGAGCACAAGAUCGACGUCGUGUGUCUCGCCGGCUAUAUGCGCAUCCUGUCGCCAGAGUUUGUGAGGAAAUGGAAAGGCCGGCUCAUCAACAUCCACCCGUCGCUGCUGCCGCGCCACCCCGGCCUCAACGCGCAGAAACAGUGCAUCGACGCCGGCGACCGCGAGAGCGGGUGCACUGUGCAUUUCGUUGACGAAGGCGUAGAUACCGGAGCGAUAAUCCUGCAAGAGCGAGUCCCAGUGCAUAGACACGACACGGUGGAAACACUCACCCAGCGCAUCCACCAAUCAGAGCACAGGGCCUUCCCUAGAGCCCUGAGACUCCUCACCACUGGCCGCGUCCGGCUAUCCAGCCAAGGCACCAUUAUGUGGUAUUCGUAAACGACAACUGGUAACGCAAAGUGACACCAUUGUAGCACGGCCCGCGGAGAAUGGAAUCAAAAUGGCGUCCAGUGCUUAUUAUUAAAGCUUUGUUAAGCUGAGUACAAGGUUUACACAGUUUUGAAAGGUAAUUUAAAAGAUUUUUACAGAUUGUUAAGGGAUGCCUCCAUUCUUUGUGGACAAGUGUUCUACUAAUUGUUGAUGUUAUAUUAAUUGAUAUAAGUAAUUAAGUUAACUGUUACCCUACAAACAAAAAAGGGUAAUUAGAUAGUCAUAUUUUAGUAGUAAAGUAAGUUGCCUUAAAUUUCAUUCCUAAAGUUGCAUUCCAACUAAACUACCAAUAAUUGCUUGGGGUUUUUUGUAAAACAACAUGAUUGUUUCUCAAGCAAUCAUUCUUGUUAUGUCUUCCGACUUAAUCGUUCUACCUUUUAUAUUAUAUGUGUGCCUUAUUGACAGUGCCAUAAAUAUAUUUUUGCACUGUAAAAUCUCCACAGCACUCGAAUAAGUUAGGCAAAAAGCAUUAUUGUACGUAACAUUAAGUGCAUAAUCAGGCCUUGUAUUGUAUAUAAAAUCAUAAUAUUUUACGCAUUUUGUUAUAAAAAGUAGCUUUCUUUAUAUCACAAUUUCUAGAGUAAAACUUGUUAAAAUUUACACUUUGAUUGUUAAUAUCUUUAUUAUUAACUAUAAAGUAUGUUUGUAUUCGAAAUAUUUUUAAAUAAAGUUGUUUUGUAAGUGCAUUUAUA